AGCAAGGCGCCCUGCAUGGAGCCUUGGUCGUGGAUCCCGACUGACGCGUGUGCGCGUGCGCGGGAGUGUGUGUGUGUGCUCCCCUGGAAUACACAGGCGGCGGCGGCAUUUGGACUUUUACUCCAAACAGCGAUGCCCUGUGUUGAACCGCAGCACAUACCCCCGCCUCAUGACACCCACCUGGGCCCUGACCUGACGAACCUGGACCUGGUGAUGGACCUCAGCGGGCAGAAGGAGCAGCUGUCCACGUCCUUGUUACCCAGCAUCAACACCUUGGUGGGGGGCGGCUACGUCGGCGAGUUUGAUGCUUACUCCUGCAAGGUCAGCGCCUCGCCGUCCUUGUCGGCGGCGUGUGAGAGCUGGGACUGCCCCGUGCAGAACCCGGCCUACAAGCUGGAUGAUCUGCAGGUGUACGGCUGCUACCCGGGAUCCUUCACUCUCAGCUGCCUGGAUGAGACGCUGUCAUCGGGCGGCUCCGACUACUACGGCAGCCCGGGUUACUCCGCCGCGUCCCCGCCCACGACGGGCUUCCAGACACUUUGUGCGCCUGUGUGGGAGGCGCCCUUCAGCCCCUACAAUUCAGUCCCCUCCGCUGAUAAGAAGGACUCCUUCUUGACCUUCCCCCCGACGCCGGAGCAGCCCUCUCCGCCGGCGGUUCCGCACCAGGAUGCUCUGCUGGGUCAGGACCAGACUUUCUUCCUGCCUCCUCAGCAGCAGGUCUAUCCCCUCCAGUGCCCCGCCAUGACCAUGGAGCACGGCGGCAGGGUCAUGGAAGACUCGCCCAGGGUCCACAACCCGGGUUUGAGCGAGGGCCGCUGCGCCGUGUGCGGAGACAACGCCUCAUGUCAGCACUACGGAGUCCGCACGUGUGAAGGCUGCAAAGGUUUCUUUAAGCGAACGGUGCAGAAAAAUGCAAAGUAUGUUUGCCUCGCCAAUAAAGACUGUCCAGUGGACAAGAGGAGGAGGAACCGCUGCCAGUUCUGCCGUUUCCAGAAAUGUCUGACAGUGGGAAUGGUCAGAGAAGUUGUUCGACGAGACAGCCUGAAAGGUCGUCGGGGGCGCCUGCCGUCCAAACCAAAGAUGGCGGCCGAGGCUUCCUCCUCCAGCCCUAAAGUAAACAUCAUAGCCUCCUUGGUGCGAGCGCAUUUGGACUCCAACCCGACCAUUGGGAAGCUCGACUACUCCAAGAAUCCAGAAACAUCCGUGCAGCACUGGAUGAAAGAUGCAAUGUACCAGGAGAUCAUGGGCAGUGUGUCAGAGAAGGAGAACGCCGACGACAUCCAGCAGUUCUACGACCUGUUAAGCGGAUCCUUGGAGGUGAUCAAAACCUGGGCUGAAACCAUUCCAGGGUUCCCAGACUUCUGCCCGGAGGACCAGCAGCUCCUGCUGGAGUCUGCCUUUGUGGAGCUGUUCAUCCUUCGUCUGGCAUACAGGUCCAACUCGGAGAAAAACAAGCUGAUCUUCUGUAACGGCGUGGUCCUGCACCGGCAGCAGUGCGUUCCGACUUUCGGGGACUGGAUAGACUCCAUUAUGGAUUUCUCCCAGAAUCUCCACCGCAUGAACUUAGACGUCUCCCUGUUCGCCUGCCUGUCAGCGCUCGUCAUCGUCACCGAUCGCCACGGCCUCAAGGAGCCUAAACGAGUGGAGGACUUCCAGAGCAACCUCAUCUCUUCUCUGAGGGAACACGUGAGAUCGGAAAUGAGCAGGACCCAGCCCAACUAUCUCUCCCGGCUUCUGGGUAAGCUCCCGGAGCUGAGGACUCUUUGCACUCAGGGCCUGCAGCGCAUCUUUUACCUAAAACUGGAGAACCUGGUCCCUCCUCCGGCCAUUGUGGAUAAAAUCUUCAUGGAUAUUUUACCUUUUUGAAUCAAGGCGAAGGAGAAGGAAAGCACCUUAGAUAAUUUUUUUUAUUUUGUGGUUGAACAUCCUACUUAUAACAGCUGUCUUGAAACAUGCAUGCAGAACCUUUAAAGACUCCAAAGAAUUGAUGUCUUCUCCUUACAUGAUCCCUAAAAAGUGCGUGUGCAAUUAUGAAAUUGCUGUGCUAAAUGUGCAAAAAAAACCUGAUGCUAGCUAAGUCACACACAACCACGCUCUAAAAUACACUAUUGAUUGAUUGAUUUAUUGAGACUUUUAUUAGUAGGUUGCACAGUGAAGUACAUAUUCCAUACAAUUGACCACUAAAUGGUAACACCCGAAUAAGUUUUUCAACUUGUUUAAGUCGGGGUCCACUUAAAUUGAUUCAUGAUACAGAUAUAUACUAUCAUAUAUACUAUCAUCAUAAUACAGUCAUCAC